GAGAAGAGACAUCAAUUACAGCUAAAGACGACGACUCUUUCUGUCAGAGCCACCUUCAUCAAGCUCUAUCUGUCUCCACACAGAAAUUGCAAACACAUAAUACACGUUGCAUAUAGAUAGAUACUAGAGAGCUCUAGAGCUUAAGAGCUCAGCUCUAGAGUGGGAUUCGAAUAGAAAAAUGGCUUGCGGUAAUAUUUUCUUCUUUCUGCUCAUAACCUUCUCAGUAGCUCUAAUCACGUACAACAUCAUCGUCUCUGCCAAUGCCUCUCUCGGUCAAGAACUCCCUAGCCCUUCCCGUUCAUUGAAAAUCUCCGUGGACCCCAUAAUCAAGAUGCCGGUGGACAGAUCGAGAGGUGGGCUGGAUUCAACGAGUCCGAGGCGGCUGUUCCACACGGCGGUCACGGCCUCGGACUCCGUUUACAACACGUGGCAGAGCAGGGUCAUGUACUACUGGUUCAAGAAAUUCAAGGACGGACCCAACUCCGAGAUGGGUGGCUUUACGAGGAUCUUGCACUCUGGAAAACCUGACAAGUACAUGGAUGAGAUCCCCACCUUUGUUGCCCAGCCUCUCCCUCCUGGAUUGGACCGGGGUUAUAUAGUCCUCAACAGACCAUGGGCAUUUGUGCAAUGGCUUCAACAAGCAGACAUCAAAGAGGACUACAUACUGAUGGCGGAGCCAGAUCAUAUUAUCGUCAAGCCCAUACCAAACUUAUCAAGAGAAGGGCUUGGAGCUGCAUUUCAUUUCUUCUAUAUUGAACCCAAGAAGUACGAGUCAAUACUAAGGAAGUAUUUUCCUGAGGACAAGGGACCAAUAACUAACAUUGACCCGAUAGGGAAUUCUCCAGUCAUAGUUGGAAAGGAAUCUCUCAAGAAGAUUGCUCCCAGUUGGAUGAAUGUUUCCUUGGCUAUGAAGAAGGAUCCUGAAACAGAUAAGGCUUUUGGUUGGGUGCUUGAAAUGUAUGCCUAUGCUGUUGCAUCUGCUCUGCAUGGAGUUGGUAACAUCUUGUAUAAGGACUUCAUGAUUCAGCCUCCAUGGGAGACACAAGUUGGCGAGAAGUUCAUAAUCCAUUACACUUAUGGAUGUGACUAUACCAUGAAGGGUGAGUUAACCUAUGGGAAGAUAGGAGAAUGGAGGUUUGACAAAAGAUCUUAUGACGAUAUCCCGCCACCAAGAAACCUUUCAUUGCCUCCACCUGGUGUUCCAGAAAGUGUGGUGACUUUGGUGAAAAUGGUCAACGAAGCCACGGCAAACAUCCCAAACUGGGGGUCGUAGAGAAGAGUUCUGCGGCAAGGUUGAUGUAUAUAUUCGUGUUUUGGUUUGGGGAAGCAUAAGUGCUUGGUAUUCGUACAGAUUUUAUAUUUGUGAAAACCCUAGUGAACUUUUCCAUUUCCUUCAAUUGAAUUGCAAACACCGCCAAAUAUACAAGUUUCAAUGCACGUCCGUCCGUUGCCCCCAAAGUUUGUAUAAGCAGUUGUCCGGAUUUUAAUGCGUCUAAUAAAUAUUCAGGAACUAAGGUUCAGUUUAGAAUAAUAAGAUCAGUGGCUCCGGGCAAGUAGAGAAACAGGUGCUGUAUAUAAAUUAGUUUUCUUUUCUUCU